GUUGUAAUUAUUUUCGCGGAGUUUGUAAUUUUACUUAUUAUCUUAAUUUUGGCUGAGGAUGGAACGCCGUAACCAUGAUCUUGAUAUGGAGUAUAGUACUUAAGCUUUUGUGUCUUAAACUUCUCGAAUUGUAAGAGAACAACUUAUAUGAACUUUUAACGACAUGUUUUCGUUAGUACAAAACAUAAAAUGGAGUCUAUGAUAUUGUGAAAUUCAACAAAAACAUUUAUUUUUGUUUGUUCGGUUUAUAACCGUUUUUUUUUAAAUUUUAGUUUUUAAGACAUCAUGUAGAACUAUAUACUAUUCAUGGACUGUUAGUAUGUGUAGCGUUGACUGGUUCCGUCAUGCUUAUUUACUUUUCUUGGCUGCAUGUAGUAUUUGCGAUUAUUUUUCAUAUUUACAUAGUAAAUCCUUCAAUUAUUCGUAGACGAUCAGUUGGAAAAACCAAAUUUCGACCGCCUCGAAAAAAUUGUUUAGACUUUUGUGUUUUUACAAAUUGCAACCGUGGACAUUGUGUAUUGGAUAAUCGUACGUGUUAUGCUAGCUGUGUAUGUCCUGCAAAUGUUACUGGAAGAUGGUGUGACACCGAAAUAGAUAACAUAAAAAAUAAAACUAGGUCAAAUAUUCUGUUCAUGCCUCGACGACACCAUACUACUACAAGACUAGAUGAUAGGGUUCCGAAAAACUCUUCCAUGGACCAAUCAUUUGAAGUAGUAACCGAUCCGAAUCAAUACAACGAAACAUCUGAAGGAAAUGCAACAAUUUAUAACAAUCCCGAAAACUUUCAAAGUCGACAAACGUUAUGGAAUCAAUGUCGCAAUACUUGUCAAAAUGGAGGGAAAUGUGUUGAAAGUUACACAGACAGCUAUAAUUAUAGUUGCUCUGAUUUAAAUCCUGAUUGUGGUUAUGGCUUAAUAUGUGAACGGGGUGUGUGCUUAAAAACUGAUUCAGCACUGAUUUUUUCUUGUCUUUGUGAAUUUGGAUAUACUGGUUCGUUUUGUAAAGAAAGAUGUACGAGAGAUUGUGGGGUGCAUGGGAGCUGUAAAAUAAUUGACAAAAAAACUGGCACCUCUAAAUGCAAGUGCGAUUCUGAUUUUGCUGGACCAUAUUGUACAACCAAAAUAGUUGCUCGAAAUGAAGAUGAAAUAUUAUACCACUGGUACGUGACUGGUGUGUGCGUUGCCAUAGGAACACUCCUUAUAGGCAUGAUGAUUAUAUUACCUUACUGUAUUUGGAAAAAGAGAAGGAUUUUUGUAAUGAAGAUUUUACAUUAUUUUCAACAUUACGAAGAUGACGAUGGAAAAAGUUAUGACGCUUUCAUAUCAUAUAAGUCUUCAAAGACAGAUCAAGAUUUCGUGUUGAAACAGUUGUAUCCAAAACUAGAGAUGGAAAUGGGAUACAAACUUUGCAUGCACUUCCGGGACUUUACUCCAGGAGACGUAAUUGCAAAUAAUAUCAUCAGAGCUGUUGAAGAUAGCAGAAGAACAAUAAUGGUUAUUUCACAGAGUUAUAUAGAGAGUGAAUGGUGUCGACUUGAAUAUCAGAAAGCACAACAUGAAAUGUUAAAAUUGAAACAUAAAAUAAUCCCAGUUAUACUGGAUGAAAUCUCGAAUAUGAAAAUCGACAAGAACCUCAAGGCGAUAUUAAAUAGUGUUACUUACAUCGAAUGGCCAGGAGAAUCCGAUUCAAAAAAGCUAGAAAAGUUUUGGAAGCAACUAAAGCUUUCAAUGCCUAAGAAGCAAACAAGUUCUUCCUCGGAACACAUAAGUUCAAUUAGUUCUUCAGAAAGUAAGUCAACAGAUAUUUCAUCAUGCAGUGAUAGCAUUUCAUCGAGCUACAACAGUCAUAUAUCUAUUCAGCCGUGCGACUCGGGCAGCUCCAAUGAUUACUUGUCGCAUCAUCAAAGUUCAAAACGAAUCCGGACCUUACUUCGAAAUCCGUUCCGAUUGAAUAUCUCCUCCGAUAAUUUUAGAAAACUUAAUCGUGCUUGCUCAAGCGACUCUGGUAUAUCUAGUCCUGCGACAGCUAGUCCAUCCUCCGUUUCGCCAUUGAUAAAUAAAGAUUUGAAUCCUUUAUUACCUCGUAAACAUGUGGAUAUAAGACACAAUAAUUCAAAAGGCUUGAUACAAAAGCAACAUUUUCAAAAUCAACUGAAUGAAAAUGGCAACUGCUUAAAUGUGCAUCAAGAAAAUCAUUUUAUUACUGGAUCGACGAAAAUACAUUCGAUACCGGAUGUGUGCAGAACGUCUAGUGAGAGAAGAAAGAAAUCGAACGGCUUCAAUAUUGCUGUGUCAGAAAAUGGCAAUUUACCGACGCAUUAUGGGAGUAUACACAAUGUAAAUAAUUGUCAGACAUGUAUUUUAAAUCAAGAAGUAAGCAACGAAUUUCUAGAUCAAAUACCUUCGAAAUGUCAUACUAAAUGUACUACAUGUAUUCUAAACAGUGAUGAUAUCAAUGAAAACAUUAGACAGCCAGUGUCAUACGAGAGUGGACGUACCGCCGAAAUCUCGACAGAGAAAGUUCUUAAUACGUCCUCUUUUUCUGAAAGAACAAAAACACUUUGAGGAGGUUUUUAUUCCGGACAUAUUUUUUUCAUUGAAACUAAAAGAUUUAAUGUGAUUAAUUAUCCAUCGAAAUUAAUGUGAGUCAAUUGUUAGAUACUGAAUCCGAUGAAAUCGGACAGUAUACAAUGUAUAGGGCGACAUAAACUGCACCCAAAAGUCCCAUGGCGUUAUUGUAUAUAUAGCUUGUUUUAAAGGAGUAAGAAAUUCUGUUGCACAGCCGUUUACUUCAUCUACUGACACUCAUCACUAAUUUUUUUUAUAUGCUUUUGGUUCAAGGAAACAGAAGAGUGCCUUUUCCUUUGCAAUACUUUUAUCUAUUGAUAUUGUUCUGUUUUUAUCUUAAUAAGCAAGAAACUAUUUUCUCUUCAAAAGAAUGAGGUCAUUUACCCUUUUACUUCAUUUAGAUACAACUUUUUAACAAAACAAAGGAGUAAGGACAAUAAUGCACUAAUUUGGCCCAAAUAUAAUUGCAAAUUUAAAAGUUAUCACAAUUACAUAUUCUUAAAAUUUGUCCUAACUGGACUAAAGUACAAGAUAUUCAGAAAAUAAAACAACUUUCACAUUUUACGAGUUACCAUGGCAACAAACCAAAACGAAAUUUGAAUAUUUUGUAAAAUUUCUUGAUUUCCUUGUUUUUCAUCAAAUUUUAAGUAUAUUUUAAAUGGCAAAGUAUGUGCGCACCCUGUACUUUUCAGCGUUUUCAUGAAAACGGUAAAUAUCAUGACGUAAUUGUGACGUCAUCAGAUAAAAUUUGUCUUGACUCUAUGCAUUUCCAAACAUCAUGUGCCAAUUUGAAAUUGUUGUCAAAAACUUUAUAUUCUUGAGUCAAAAUCGGCCUUAAUGCACCUACUCCUUUAUAAAAAAAUUCUACCAAUUUUUGCGAAAGCUGCAUAGUGUUAUAUCUGUACAAAUAAGAGUUUGUGUGUGUGUGUGUGUGUGUGUCUGUCUGUCUGUCUGUCUGUCUGCCAAGGAGAGAGAGAGAGAGAGAGAGAGAGAGAGAGAGAGAGAGAGAAAUGUCAGACAGUCAUUACUGGAUCGAUACCAAUGUACAUAUAUAUAUAUAUAUGUAUACAUUAUAUUUCGAAUACGACUUGUAUACUUAUGAUUUAUAAUAA